AUGCUACUUUCAAUGAUGGAACGAUACAUGCAGGGCUUGGGACCUUACUCCACCAGCAUAAAGAAAGUCGAGAAGGAAAUCAAGGAAAUGGCCAAGAAAAUUAAUGAUUUAUGUGGUAUCAAGGAAUCUGACACUGGUUUAGCUGCCCCCAGCCAAUGGGAUCUUGUCUCUGAUAAGCAAAUGAUGCAGGAGGAGCAACCUCUGCAGGUUGCAAGAUGUACGAAGAUCAUUAGCCCAAACACAGAAGACGCGAAAUAUGUUAUUAAUGUUAAACAAAUUGCAAAGUUUGUUGUUGGAUUGGGUGAUAAAGUUUCACCAACUGAUAUAGAAGAAGGCAUGCGAGUUGGUGUUGACAGAAAUAAAUAUCAAAUCCAGAUCCCAUUGCCUCCGAAAAUUGAUCCAAGUGUUACAAUGAUGACAGUGGAGGAAAAGCCAGAUGUUACCUAUAAUGAUGUUGGUGGAUGCAAGGAGCAGAUUGAAAAGAUGCGAGAGGUUGUUGAGCUGCCCAUGCUUCACCCUGAAAAAUUUGUGAAGCUAGGGAUCGACCCCCCAAAGGGUGUUCUCUGCUAUGGUCCUCCUGGUACUGGUAAAACACUGUUAGCCAGAGCCGUGGCUAAUAGAACUGAUGCAUGUUUUAUUCGUGUUAUUGGAAGCGAACUUGUUCAGAAAUAUGUCGGUGAGGGAGCAAGGAUGGUUCGUGAACUAUUUCAGAUGGCCCGCUCUAAAAAAGCUUGCAUCGUGUUUUUUGAUGAAAUAGAUGCCAUUGGAGGUGCACGGUUUGAUGAUGGAGUGGGUGGAGAUAAUGAGGUCCAACGCACAAUGCUUGAAAUUGUCAAUCAGCUUGAUGGAUUUGACGCUCGUGGGAAUAUUAAAGUACUAAUGGCAACUAAUAGACCUGAUACACUGGAUCCUGCACUAUUACGUCCUGGACGGCUUGAUCGUAAAGUGGAGUUUGGACUGCCAGAUUUAGAAAGCAGAACACAGAUAUUUAAGAUUCAUACACGAACAAUGAAUUGUGAGAGGGACGUCCGGUUUGAACUUCUGGCUCGGCUUUGCCCAAAUUCUACUGGAGCUGACAUAAGGAGCGUGUGCACAGAGGCUGGAAUGUAUGCUAUACGAGCAAGAAGGAAGACCGUGACAGAGAAAGAUUUUCUAGAUGCUGUCAACAAAGUCAUCAAGGGAUAUCAGAAGUUCAGUGCAACACCAAACUAUAAAGAGACUGAAACAUUUACAAGUGCAAUUGGACAUUUAGAUGGGCGAAGGUUUGAUUUCUGUAUUGUCAUUCUUCGUCCUGUGAUCCUAAUCUUAGUAUAUAUGAAAAGCAGAUGCAAUUUGUUGGAUUUCUACGGCUACUGGAAUGAUUAUCAGAAAGAAUGGUUGACCCAAGUUUUCAUACUACAUGAUAACCCAAAAGAUGCAAAUCUGAUAUUAAUCGGCUUUAGGGGCAGGGCACAGAACCCUUCGAUGCUGAUGAUUGGCUACUCGAUACCAGAACUAGGAAAAGUUCAUAUGGGUUUUCUAGAAGCCUUAGGUUUGGGAAACAGAAAGAGUGCCUUGACAUUCCAAGAAAAUCUCCUACUUCCCAAUGUUAAACCAGUCUUCUGA